AUGGCGACCCCACAGCCCUACCCCGACUUCAGUGCCGAGUGGAUCGGGGAGGCCAUCAGCGACAAAUCCGUUAAGGAAGAUGGAUCUGUUAAGAGAGAUGAGUCUGAUGGGAAAGGCGAGUCUGUGAAGAAAGAUAUGCGAGGGUUCGCUCUGAAGUACCUCGUGUACAACGAGGCGGUCUCCGAUUACGCUUCCGUCGCCACCGGAAAGGCCGCGAUCCGCACGGCUUUCGAAGGCUUCGUGGAUGAAUGGAUCCAGAAGACCCACGAGAUCGUUGCCAAUUUGCAUCCCGAAGGAGUUAAAGAGCCCGAGAAGUGCGACAUUGACCCCAUGACCGGCGAGCUCAUUGACCCUAUCGAGUACCCUCCCACAAAGAAACUCGUGAAUGAGCCGCAGGCCGUUGGUAUGAAUUCCGAGUUGCGCAUCCAGCGCGCAAUGCGUCUCCUGGCCAUAGAGAACAAGCUCGGGAGCCGAGCCGAUUCCAACAUCCGCAAGGUCCGAAUGCCUUGCCACAUCCGCCCAGCGGUGGCCGGCGACAUGGAGCAGGUUAUGCAGAUGUACAAUGAUGAGGCCGCAACGAAGCACACGCUACCGGACAAGGAGGUGACCUCUAUCCAGCGAUUCCGCGCCCUCUUCGAGCAGUUCGUGGUGGAAAAGCUGCCCUUCUUCGUCGCGGUGCGGGGUUUGAAGAGUGGCAAUACCGACGGAGACCUCAUCAUCGGGUUCGCCCUCGUCGACGUCCAGCUUCGGGGACUGAUCGGGUCGCGCCAGACGCUCGGAAGCGCCUGCGGCAAGAUAACGGUGGUUGUCGAGCCGGUGUUCCGCCGCCACAACAUCGGCUCCGCUUUGCUGGAUGCUAUUAUGACCUGCUGUGCCCCGUGGUAUCCCACACGCCUGGGAUACUUGAUUGUCAACCCGGACCGUGACGAGAGGCACUGGGGCGCCGAGCACAACCCCCGCAAGUGGGACUACAUCGAUAUAGAGACUUUCGUUCCCAGCGCGGCGCCCGGAGAGGACGUCAAAGAGGACAAGGCGUACGGAUGGGUUUCUACAUAUCUCACCAACUUCUUCCAGAUGGAGCUCGCGCAUCGAGACGAGAGGCUGUAUAAAGAUAGCGCGAAGGGCGUCUGGCUCGACAGGCUCACGUUUCGACGUCAAUGCCGUGUUCCCAUCGAGUAG